GUGUGAACGUCUUUUCAGCGUGUGAAGCCUAUUGCGAUUAUUUAGUUUGUCUAUUCAUCUGCACUAAAGCAGACAAACCGCAUUUCUGACACUGUUAGAUACCAGCAGCUGUAUUACCCACACACUAAAGUAAUGCUGUAUUUAACAGUAAUAGACUAAUAGUUAUGUAGUUUUUCCCCCACCACCAUAGCAGCCAUUCCUCUACGGAUGGCGGAAAAAGAAUCGUUCGUAUUCGCUGGGGGCCCAUCUUCGGCUCGGAAGAUCCGGACUCCGUGAUUGUUGUCAUACAGCUAAAGUUACAGGCACUGUGAUGACCAGGUGUGUCUGUCGGAAGCUCCGCCUUGUUUUACCUUACAUGGCUAUUAGACGGCGACUUGAUUGACAGCGAGCAGCAGCUGCUGGGCUGCUGAGACAUGGCGGAGCUUGCAGUUUUGUGGGAGAGCUCUUGAAGAGUUGCGGUACUUUGUAGCAGUUCGGUCGGCGAAGGAACGACAAAAAUACUUCAGAAAAGGGCUAAUGCAGUUGUAACUGCGUACGAUGGAAGCGGUCAAGAAAAUGGGGGAAAUGUAGGACUUUCGGGACGGUGGGAAAAUGUACUGCUGUUUCAUAGUGCAGUCAACAGCCUUAGGCAACAAAUAUGGCUACUUGUGUCUCUUUCAAUUUGCGAUGAAAAGCUGCUCAACUCGGCCAUUCAUUACGAUGGCUGCGGUGCCGAUUUCCUAGAAGUAACCAUCUAGAAGAAGUUCUUGCUUGAUCGUUUUUACGGUUUUGAAGGUUUCGCUGAAGAUAAGAGCGCAGAACGCAGCGAACAGCCAUGGAACCUAAGCACAAAGAGUUGUUAGAUCAAUGCCACCAGAACUUAUUGGAGUCCAUUACAGAUGCAGACCGGGUGGUAGAGUUGUUGGGGAAAUCUGGCACCCUAAGCCCGCUGGAGAGGUAUGAACUGGACAAUAACUGCUCGACAAGCUCGGAGAAAGUGGACCUUCUCUUGAAGAUGCUGAUGAACAAGGAAAGAGACCAUUUUCAGGACCUGUGUGUGGCCCUGGAAAAGACGCACCCACACCUGUGUUCAGCUCUCUUCUUGAACGGCGGGGGACCAGUGGACCAUUCCUCCGGGUCUACGUACAGCGUGUUGUCCACGAUGCCGUCGGACUCUGAAAGCAGCAGCUCCCUCAGCAGCAUAGGUACGACCGGUAAAGCCUCGUCCCCGCCCCCGGCGCUGAUUGACAACCGGCAGAUGAGCGAGAAGCUGGAGACCAUCCUGUUCCAGCUGCGCCAGGUGACCCGCGAACGGGACGACCUGCGCAAGAGGCUGGCCCUGUCGUCCCCGGGAACCACCUUCGACGACUGCAGGCCGAACUCCAAGCCCAGCCACGAUUACGAGCGUCUGAAGAUGCAGUGCAUGAAGGCGAUGGCGGACCUGCAGUCGCUGCAGAACCAGCACACCAAGACGCUGCGGCGCUGCGAGGAGGCCGUGAAGGAGGCCGACUUCUACCACACGCUGCACAGCCGUCUCCUGAGCGACCAGUCCCAGCUGAAGGAGGAGAUGGACGCCAUGAAGAGGGACCACGCCCAGCUGGUGCGCGAGCAGAGCCACCUGCAGCAGGCCUGCGAGGACCUGGGGAGGCUGCACGAGGAGGACCAGAAGGAGCUGGCCGACAUGAGGCUGCAGCAGCAGCAGGUAUUGAGGGAGAACGGGUCAUCUGAGAUUCUCAACAAGCUGUACGACACGGCCAUGGACAAGCUGGAGGGGGUGAAGAAGGAGUACGACGCGCUGCGGAAACGCUACAACGAGAAGACGGCCAAUCACAACACGGACCUGAGCCGGCUGGAGCAGGCGGAGGAGGAGGGGCGGCGGCUGCAGAAGCAGAUGGAGGUGCUGAUGAAGCAGCGGGACACAGCCAUCCACUACCAGCAGCAGUACUCUUCCUCACUGAGGAGGUUCGACUCGAUGCAGCAGGAGCUGAACAAGACGACUGCGCAGAACAAGGAGCUGACGCGGGAGCUGGAGCGGCUGCAGACGGACGCCACGCGCUUCAAGACGCUGCAGCUGAAGGCCGUGAAGGACUCGGAGAAGUACAAGGAGGAGCGCGACUCGGUCUUCAACGAGUACCGGCUCAUCAUGAGCGAGCGCGACCAGGUCAUCAAGGAGGUGGACAAGCUGCAGACCGGCCUGGAGGUGGCCGAGGCCAAGCUGAAGAACACCUCCUGCGAGAGGAAGGUGGCCGGGGAGGAGAUGGAGGCGCUGCGACAGGAGCUGAGCUCGGCGCUGGUGGAGCGGGACCGGGCCAUCUGCGAGCGGAACGAGCUGCUGGAGAAGUACUGCCACGAGGUGAAGGACAAGGCCGAGGCGCAGAAGGAGCUGAGCCAGGCCUGCAAGGACAUCGAGACGGUGCGGGAGGAGCGGGACGUGGCACGCAAGGAGCGCACCGAGGCCAUCAUCCAGAGAGACCAGCUGCUGCGGGAGUACUACCAGGCCCGGCAGAAACAGGACUCAGCCACACUGGACAUGGAGCGGGCCACCAAGGAGAUGGAGGUGCUGCGGAAGCAGUGUGAGGCGAUGUCCCAGGAGCUGCAGGAGGCCGCGCAGGAGGCAGAGGUCGCCAAGUGCCGCCGCGACUGGGCCUUCCAGGAGCGCGACAAGAUCGUGGCCGAGCGGGAGAGCAUCAGGACGCUGUGUGAUAACCUACGCAGGGAGAGGGACCGGGCGGUCAGCGACCUCGCCGAAGCGCUGCGUAACCUGGACGACACGAGGAAGCAGAAGAACGACGCGGCGCGGGAGCUCAAGGAGCUGAAAGAGAAGAUGGAGAACCAGCUGGAGAAGGAGGCCCGGUUUCGGCAGCUGAUGGCGCACAACUCCCACGAUUCGGCCAUCGACACGGACUCCUUGGAGUGGGAGACGGAGGUGGUGGAGUUUGAGAAGGACCGGGAGGACAUGGAUUUGAAAGCACUCGGGUUUGAUGUAGCGGAGGGGGUAAAUGAUCCAUAUUUACCAGGCGAUUGUGGAAUUUUCGUUACCAAGGUGGACAAAGGAAGUAUUGCAGAAGGAAGGUUAAGAGUGAAUGAUUGGUUGUUGAAGAUAAAUGACGUUGACCUGACCAAUAAGGACAGGAAGCAGGUGAUCAAAGCCGUCCUCAGCGGCGGGGGGGUGAUCAACAUGGUGGUUCGCCGGAGGAAGUCGUUGGGCGGAAGAAUCGUUACUCCCGUCCACUUAAAUCUGCUGGGACACAAAGACUGCGGUGUUGGGCUGGAGAGCGGUGUGUUUGUGGCCUCUGUGGUUCCCGGGAGCCCAGCCGCGCGGGAGGGGUCCCUGACGGCGGGAGACCGGCUCAUCGCCAUCAACGGAAUUGCACUAGAUAACAAGUCUCUGAGUGAGUGUGAGUCCCUGCUGAGGAACUGCCACGACUCUCUCAGCCUCUCGCUCAUGAAGUUCUUCCCGCAGAGCUGCUCGGGGCAGAACCUGUAUGAGAGCCUGCGGGACGCGGAGAGGAGCUCGAACUGCCGGCUGCACGCGUCCGAGGUGCACGUGCGGAACUGUCGGAACCUGAAGCACAACAGCUCCACGCAGACGGACAUCUUCGACCCGGACGCCGGCGGGGAGGGCAAGAAGCCCCCCGAGGAGGCGCCCCUGUGCCUGCACCCCCUCCCCCUGCGGGCCCCCCCCGAGCAGCCCACCCCCGGGCCCUUCAGCGCCCCCGUCUUCCCCGAGCGCUGCUACGACAAGCGCCCGUUCACCUUCGACCCCGCCGCCGCCGACUGCGUCACCGUGGAGACCACGCUGGACAAGGGCCACGCCCAGAAGCACAGCGGCGGCACCUGGCCCAAGAUGGUGGUGGGCGGGGGCUCGGGGGCGGAGCCGGGCGCGCACCUGUCCAUCUUCAAGGUGCCCAAGCAGAGGAAGUCCAUCUUCGACGCCGAGGCCUUCAAGCGGCCGGACACGCCCUCCAAGCUGGACUACCGCCCCGCCCACUCCCCGCAGGCGUCCGCGGCGGAGGUGACGCAGGCCCCGCCCACUCCGCCCACGCGCAGCGACUCCUUCAAGUUCAAACACAAGCAGCAGAGCAGCUCCGCCUCCGACUCCACGGUGACGGCGGGGUCUCCGCCCCCCACCCCCGGCCCGGGGGCCAAGCCCGACGCCGUCGUCCUGGAGACCGGGCGCGACCGCAACGGAAACCACUACUUCCUGGAGGGCGGGGCCGACUGCAAGGGCCUGAGCGGCAGGAAGUCCUGCGAGGAGGACCUGAGCCGGCGGGGGGGGGACGAGCCCGAGGUGAAGAGGCAGAGGCCCAAAUCGGCCCCCGCCCUGCGACGCAGGAUGACCCCCCUGCAGAUCCCCAUUGCAGCGCUGCAGGUGCAGAGCUUCUCUAACGACGAGCAGUCCCCGGACCCCGCGGAGAUGAUGCGCUACUCGCCCAAACGGCCCCACCGCCACAGCGUGGGCUUCGCCCCCCCCGCCUACAACGGCUCCAUGGCGGGACACUCAGCUCACCGUGGCCUGGCCCCGUGCCCGGCGGUUACCGCGGUGAUGAGGAACCCCAUCUACACGGCCUGGAGCCACCGGGUCCACACCAGUAACUGCCCCUCGGUCCCCAGCCAGAUCUGCCACCCCCACUCCCACCCCAGCCCCCAGCACCAGGGCCGUCUCAGCCUGGACCUCAGCCACAAGCGCUCCAGCGACUUCUCCGAGUCGUCCCGCAGCCGAACUCCGCACAACACCAACUCCCUGCCGUCCAGCGCCAGACUGGGUUCAUCCAGUAACCUGCAGUACCGCACCGAGCGGAUUAAGAUCCCCUCCACCCCCCGGUACCCCCGGUCCAUGCUGGGCUCUGACAGAGGUUCUCUGUCCCAUUCGGAGUGCAGCAGCCCCAGCCUGAUCACCCCUCCUCAGUCCCCCCUCAACCUGGAGACCUCCUCCUUCGCCAGCAGCCAAUCGCAGAGCUCCAUCUCCACCCUGCCCAGGAUAUCGGUCAGCCCGGUGCCCGUGGGCGAGCGACGGAAGGACAGAUAUCUGUUCCGUAACAGAUCCUUUCUGAGAAUCCCCGUGGCUCCUAGGCCUAGAUUCUCCUCUCUCAGAAGCCUGAGGCCGUACCUGGAGGAGCCGCGUAACGUGAUCGUGCACAAGGGCGCCGAGCCUCUGGGCAUCUCCAUCGUCAGCGGCGACAACGGCGGCAUCUUCGUCUCCAAGGUGACGGGCGGCAGCAUCGCCCACCAGGCCGGGCUGGAGUUUGGGGACCAGCUGCUGGAGGUACGACCUGCUCUGCUCAGAUCAACGGCAAGCCAGGCGCUGAUCAUUGUGCAGCAGUGCGACACCAUCACCAUCCUGGCACAGUACAACCCUCACAUGUACCAGCUGGGCAACCACUCGCGGUCCAGCUCCCGAAUGGAACCAAUCAGCAAUCAGUCGACCCCCCAAGGCAGUGGGGCCACCACCCCCGACAAUCACUCCACCAUCGACACCCUGAGCGAGCAGGACGGCAUGCCCCUCAACAGACCCCACUACCAGCCCGAGCCCAUCAGGGACCCCCGCAGCUCCAUCAGGAUGUCCUCUGAGCCGGCGCGGAAGGUUCCGGAGCCGCGGACGGUGACGCUGAGGAAGACGCAGGUGGAGCUGGGGGUGCAGAUCUGCGGGGGGAACCUGCGCGGCAUCUUCGUGGAGAAGCUGGAGGACGACAGCCCGGCCAAGAUGGCCGACGGCCUGCUGCCCGGGGACAUGAUCCUGGAGUACUGCUCGGCCUCCAUGAGGAACAGGACCGCGGAGGAGGCCUACCUGGAGAUGCUCAAGCCUGCAGAAACGGUCACACUGAAGGUUCAGCACCGCAUCGACGAGUUCACCGCGCUCAAGGACGCUCCUGGAGACGGGUUCUACAUAAGAGCACUUUAUGACCGAGUUGCAGAGAUGGAGCUGGAGCUCAGUUUUAAGAAGGACGACAUCCUGUACGUGGACGACACCCUGCCGAAGGGCAGCUUCGGGUUCUGGAUGGCCUGGCAGCUGGACGAGAACGCCCAGAAGCUGGAGAGAGGGCAGAUCCCCAGCAAAUACAUGAUGGAUCAGGAGUUCUACCGCAGGCACAGCAUGUCGGAGCUGAAGGACGAGGGCGGCUCCAGUAAGACGCUGUCGGCCGCCGCCCGCCGCUCCUUCUUCCGCCGGAAGCACAAGCACAAGCGCAGCGGCUCCAAGGACGGCAAGGACCUGCUGGCGCUCGACGCCGUCAGCACCGACUCCAUCCCGCUCCUGGACGACUGUGUGAGCCUGGCCUAUCAGAGAGUGCAGAAGGUGGAGUGCUCCGCCCCCAGGCCGGUCCUGGUUCUGGGUCCACUGGUGGACGCGGUCAAGGACAUGCUGGUGAAGGAGUCUCCGGGGAAGUUCUGCCGAUGUCUCCUCGAAGUGAUGAAGGCCUCUCAGCAGGCGAUUGAGCGCGGGGUGAAGGACUGCCUCUUCAUCGACUACAAGAGGAGGAGCGGCCAUUUCGACGUGACCACUGUGGCUUCAAUUAAGGAAAUAACAGAGAAGGACUGUCACUGUUUGCUUGACAUUGCCCCUCACGCCAUCGAAAGGCUUCACAGCGUUCACAUUUACCCAAUCGUCAUUUUCAUUCGCUACAAAAACGCAAAGCAGAUAAAGGAACAGAAAGACCCCGUGUUCCUGCGGGAUAAAGUUUCUCAAAAACAUUCCAAGGAGCAAUUUGAGAUUGCACAGAAAACAGAAACGGAAUACAGCAAAUUCUUCACAGGUAUUGUCCAAGGCGGGAGUUUGUCCUACAUUUGCACUCAGAUUGUGACCAUUGUUGAUCAGGAGCAGAGUAAAGUCCUGUGGAUUCCGGAUGGAUCGCCCUAGACCUGAACCCCGAACCCCGAACCCUGAACCCUGCAGCCUUGUGUCUGUGUACAAAUAAAAACACUAAAACCUUAACUAAAUGAAGGGGUACAAUACACUGAACAUACUCAAACCAUGAUCACUUUAUUUACUGCGCUCGAUAUAACCUGUAACACAAAGCUUAAGUUCCACUUCUCUGCAGCGGUAGAUAUUCCUAUAGCACUGACGUUUUCCUGUCUCUGGUUCUGUUCUUCCCUCCCACCUCCUUCCAGAGCGUAUGACUUUGUUAGUGAUGCUGCAUUUGAAACACUCGUUUACAAAAACAGAAUAUUUUCAGAGUAUUUUUACGUAACGCUUACUUGAAUGUGUACUUUUCCCGUAGUGUCCCACCCGCACCCCGGCCCCGUCCCCGUCCCCACAGUCCGUCACCCCAAAUAAAACUUUGUCAUAAGGAUGAAGCUGAUGCAUGUGCGUGAAGAGUUUACUGGCCACAUGGAAGUGCCUUUUCAAACUGAGCGUGUGACAACAGGGUUAUCUUGGGGGUUGGGAUUAACAGAAUAAUGUAAAACAGUUCAGUUCAAUCCUUUACAGGACAGACCACUGUGUUUUAUUAAUCUCUGUUUCUGUUUCUAUCCACUUAAUGUCUAAUUAACUAAUAACUGGGUCGUGGACCCAGUAAAGUGUAGCAGUUGGUAGUCAGCUCUUAGCAACGAUUAGCAUGUUUUUUUCUGUUAUGUUUUUAUUUGUUUGUUUUGUCUCUUUUAAUGUAUCUAUUUAAAAAACAUCAUCCUGGUGCAAUUUUGCAUGACUCUAAAACUUUUCCUCGUUUAAUCUGUGUUAGUGUUAUAGAUUUUUUUUUUAUUAUUUAAGUGGGUUUUUUUUAAUUCAAGUAUGAGGCACAGUAAGUUAAAUGUAUAAAUGGUGAUUCAGUCGGUCUUCAAUGCAAUGCCCCCACCCCUGUAUGUGGUGCCAAACUCCAGUAUCUCCAUUUGUUUUGCUUUUGUUUUGCACUUGUAAAUCUGUGUGCCAUUCUCACAGAGUUGCAUUUAGAUAUCGGAUAAUUUUGUAUCAUGUUCUAGGUACUAUAGUUGUACUGUACAAGCAAGUGUACAUUUGAGUAUAUCACAACUGUUCCUAACAUUUCAUUAUUGCCAGGCAUACAAUGGCCUUUUUGUUUUUACCUUUAUUGGAGAAAGUAGAUGCUCCUUGUUUGAAAAAGGGAUGUGUUCUUGCACAGUUUUUCCAAGAAAAAUAUGUCCUAAAGUUUGACUUAUUGGGUUAAAAAAUUAAGAACCUUGUAAUUAAAAGUAAAUUUAAUGUCAAACUGUGGCAGGAUCGCUAGCGUCAGAUUUUCCAUGGGAGGGACGAAGCUCUUCCUAGGCCUGGCUGGGUUGACAGGAUAUACGUGAAACAGACAGGUACUGUUCUGAUUGGGAUUUUCUUUAUUAAAAAUAUGAUUUGUAUCAAAUGUUAAGAAAUUAAUGAGAAUAAAAGUCAUUUUUCUGUACCACAAAA